CGCGCGAAGGAAUUUGUAAUAUCUCUUCCUUCGUAAUGCGCAGGGAAAUCAAGGGAAUCGAGAUUCUUUCGCCGGCAUAAUUCACGCGUGCCGUCGACGCGCGUCAAUUUCGGUAAAUUGAUGUCUGAUUGCUGAGACUUAACGACGGAGGCAUGUAACAGUAUGGCGGGAUUUAUUUAACGAGUUUCCAUCCAUGACCUCCUACGACCUAACAACGAUGACUGAGGUCCACCCCGCUGUCAUAUCGGAAGGGGACUUGAUCCAGAUACAAUUUAAUUCGUCAACAAUUUGGCAGACGCAUGAAAAAAUUGUAAAUAUCUUCUCAAUGCCCUUCAAUAUUCACCAUUACAUAACAAGUAUCCAAAAAGAAUCUUGUUAUUUAUGCCAACGUACUGAGCUUCACACAUUACUUCGAAGACGACUUUGCGCACGACAUAUCAGCAAUCACGCAUUAAGUCUACAUAUCGACAUGUAUUAUAUGUUUGAGGAAGAACUACCUUCAGUCGAUAAAUACUUCAACCCAAAUGUAUGUUACAUUUGCAAGACAGAAUCACAAGGAGAUUUGCGUAGCUUUGCGAAACGUUUUAAAGAGUCACCCACAAUUUUGGCACACAUAUGGACUAACCUUGGAGAAAUGGGUACGGACGAGAAAACAGUUUAUGUGUUUGGUAAAGCUAGAGUUGCAACGUGAUCUAAAACCACAUGAAGUGCAAAUAAUUACAUUAGCAAAAUCAUGCGCUAUUUGUUAUCGACAGGAUAAUCUCCUCUCUUGUCCGCAAUGCUAUUCCAUUAACUAUUGCAAGGAUCAUGAAAAGCUAUUAGGAAACCGUCAUAAAUUCAAUUGCAAUAUUUUGUCAGAAUAUUACAGGGUAGAUACACAUCUAUCUUCAUAUAUAACUUUGGAAUCAUUUACAUCACUAACUCACGUACUACUCGAAGAUUUUCCCCCAAGCAAUUUUCCUCGUGACAUGGAUACAUUUAUUGAAAAAUAUAUGUAUGCAAACCACGUGGUCGACUUCCCCAAGUUCAACUUGAGCGAGGGCUAUUAUUUUUCUGAUUAUUUAUCAGGACCGUUCACCUUAUAUAAUGGGAUACGAAAAAUAACUGGAUUAGAUUUCCAUACACCAGACUUGCAUAUUGUUAUUCAUGUAAUAGAUGUAAACUUUGUUGAUAGAUAUCACCUAUUAAUUUGGCAAGUACUUAGACAUAUUUUACGUAACAUAAAGGAAUUGAAAAUUAUUCUGAUAGGCUCAGAAUUAUCCACCGAAAGUCUCAAGUUUCAUCCUACAAAAUACUCCCAACAACGUCUCAACUUCGAAACUCAUCGUAUGUUAUAUCACAAUUAUGUAGACAGCGAGUAUUAUAAGCGACCAGAUAUAAUUGUAGGAUUUCAAGUUGAUUUGAGUAAUUGGGAGGCAUUAUCGGAAAUAAUUUUAAAAAUAAAAGCUCAAGAAUGUCCGUUUCUUUUAACCUCCAAAUCGAAAGAUAAAGCCGAACAGAAUAUAAAUAAGAUCAAAGAAAUCCUAAAAUCAACUGUAACUGAUGUUCUAUAUCUUAUAUACAACGGCGAGAAUAAAUUUAAAUCCAAUAGACCAUACCAUGAUUUCGAGACUGGUGGUUUAUCUUAUCUUAAUAAGUAUUUAACUGUUUAUGCAAGAUUGUAAUGAUAAUUACAUUAUAGAACAUUUUUGUUCCCUUCAAUGAGUUUUGAAAUUUCCAUAUAUGUCUAAUAUUAUUUAGAUAACAUCAAUAUAAAUAAAAUUAUAGAUAAUCAGUAGAUUAUUAGACGAUUAUUAUACAUAUUGUUUUAAUAAAUUACUAAUUUGUAUAAAGAGAUAUUUGUAAAAGAAAAUAUUUAUAAAGAAUGCUUUUAUAAUCCCUUAUACAAAUAUCAUACUAAGAAUCAUUGAUAAUUACUUAUUAUCCAGUAUUUUUAAUACUGAAAAUAAGUAAUUAUCAAUGAUUCUUAGUAUGAUAUUUCUAUAAGGGUAUGUAAUGGAACUUGCAUUUUUGUACGACAAUUGAGAAUAAAAAUCUUAAGAGAAUGCUAGAUAUACAAGAUUUGUAAUAUAGUAUGACUAAUACUACUUUUAAAAUUACCACUUUAAAAGUAUAUGUAUAUAAUCACAGUACAUUGCAGGAAGACACAUUAAUAAUAAAUGACUAUAACUGAUGUUCUAUAUCUUAUAUACAACGGCGAGGAUAAACUUAAAUCUAAUAGACCAUACCAUGAUUUCGAGACCGCUGGUUUAUCUUAUCUUAAUAAGUAUUUAACUGUUUAUGCAAGAUUGUAAUGAUAAUUACAUUAUAGAACAUUUUUGUUCCCCUCAAUGAGUUUUGAAAUUUCCAUAUAUGUCUAAUAUUAUUUUGAUAACAUCAAUAUAAAUUAUAGAUAAUCAGUAGAUUAUUAGACGAUUAUUAUACAUAUUGUUUUAAUAAAUUACUAAUUUGUAUAAAGAGAUAUUCGUAAAAGAAAAUGUUCAUAAAGAAUGCUUUUAUAUAUGUAAUGGAACUUGCAUUUUUGUACGACAAUUGAGAAUAAAAAUCUCAAGAAUAUGUUAGA